AUGGAAACGGAGUCAUGUGUCCCUCCGGGUUUUCGGUUUCACCCUACAGAGGAAGAGCUAGUGGGUUAUUACCUCAAGAGAAAGAUUAGUUCCCAGAAAAUUGAUCUUGAUGUCAUAACUGACAUUGAUCUCUACAGAAUGGAGCCCUGGGACAUCCAAGGCAGUUGCAAGUUGGGAUACGUAAAGCAAAACGAGUGGUAUUUUUUCAGUCACAAGGACAGGAAAUACCCAACUGGAACUCGAACUAACAGAGCCACUGCUGCUGGUUUUUGGAAGGCAACUGGAAGAGACAAAGCUGUGGUUUCGAAGGACAGAAUUAUAGGAAUGAGGAAAACUUUAGUAUUUUACAAAGGACGUGCACCAUAUGGAAGAAGAACUGACUGGAUCAUGCAUGAAUAUAGGCUCCAGUAUUCUGAAAAUGGACCCCCUCAGGAAGAAGGAUGGGUCGUAUGUCGUGCAUUCAAGAAACCAAGUCCGAGUCAAAACCAAGGUUUCGAAGCCAGUAAUAAUCCUUACUAUGACAGCAGUUAUAGGCCUCCAUCAUAUCCAAGUACACCAAAUACAAUGCAAACAUUUGAUCCAAUUAAUCAAGGAACAAACUUUCAACCCUCACCAUUUGCUGCAGAUCAGCAGCUAAUAGCCAACCAUAAUCGUUUCGAGUAUCAGCUAGUCGAGCUUCCAAAACUCAAUAGCCCAUCGAUAUCUGCGACGAAAGAAAGUUUUGAGCAUAAUGCUAUAGCCUGCAAUGAUGAUACGGGAGAUGAGAUGAGAAAAUAUGAUAAUCAAUACAGUGAUUGGAAGAAGUUUGAUAAGUUACUUGCAUCACAAGUCAUUGAUGAACUUCCAUCAUUUGCACAUCGACAAGUCCAGCUUCCAGAACUCGACUGCCCUUCGACCAAAGAAAGUUCCGCGCAUAAUACUAUAGCCUGCAGUGAAGAGGAAGGAGAUAAGAAGAGAAAGUACGAUAAUCAGUAUAGCGAUUGGAAGAACUUCGAUAAGUUAUUUGCAUCACAAGUCAGUGAUGAACCCUCAUCGUAUGCAUACACAAACUUGCAGCCAUUAGUCCCCCAAAAUGAUGAGCUUGAAUGGUUUCCCGACAUAUAG